AUGGAAGUCGAGUGGGACAGCGAAACUGUGACAAAAUUUUACAAUUAUUUGUGCGGGACGAUUAGCUACCAAAAUUGCGUCGAAUUGGAAAAGGAUCUGCGAAUCGAAACCGGAACGGAGGAAAAAUUAAACAAACAUAGUUGCAGCUCAUGUAGUGACCAUCAUGGCGAUGUAAAUAUAAGUUGCUUCAAAUUUAAAAAAGAUGAUGAUGAUGUACUGGGAGAAAUACUAGACAGUGAAAAGGACCAAGAAAAUGUGAAAGCGUCCCUGGCAGAAAUAACACAAAAGGCAUUCACCAUAUAUUCAAAUGUAAUUGCCAAGGCUGCUUCCAAAGGGGAUAAUAAAGUAACCCUAGAAACGGAUCAUUUUUUAAGAAGUGAUAUUUUGAGACUCGUUUUUAGUAAGUACAUAACAACAAAGGCGAAGGAAAGAAUCACAGAAAUAAGUUCCAAGAGCACAAAAAAUAUUGUCACUUUGGCGAACCCUCUGAAUAUGAACGAACAUGACUUAAAUAAAAUAGAAACAGACACAAUUGCAAAUUUGAUGCACGAUUAUGUGGGGCUACAGAAAAAUUUCCUGGGGAGGGACUACACUAAGUUAAUAUUUGACGAGUUAGUUUUUAUAGAGUAUAAUAACCAGUUUAACUCAUUUGGCAGGGAGUACAAAAAUGUGAGAACCGAUUUUUACUGCUGGACGUAUAUUACUAGCUUGGACAGGCAGAAACAGAGGGGGCUAUAUAAACUGCUGAAAGAGCUGUCAUUACUCCCGUAUGAGCUAAAUAAAAAGGCAAAUUUAUCCUUGCAGAUAGGUACGCUAUUUCAGUUUUUGUACUUCUCCCCUAAUAAGUCUUAUUUAAAAAAGCAUUGCCAAGGGGGGUAUGGCAAAAUGGACAACGGAAAGAAAGUUACGUGUAUUUAUGUCCCCUUUGUGCAUUCAAAUGAUGACGUAGAAAUUAAGUUGUACAGAAGUGAGUACAACGGGGUGAAUGAGGAGAGUGAGGAGAGUGAGGGGAGGGGUAAGACAGAACCGAACGUUCGUGAUGCCACAACCGUUCCGUCCAACCAAACGGAUGAUGGUGCCCCUUUUCGCGUGAUCAAACCGGAAAGCGACUCGCUCAUCUUUUUGCAAACGAGGAAUGUCUCGUACGAAAUUUCGAAGACGAAGAAUAAGUUUUUCACCGUGAACUUUUCCAUCUCGGGGCCCGUUUCCACGGAGCGGCGCUUAUAA